CUGACAUUUAGAUGGUACUUCAAUCCACUCACUCAGCAAUGUCAACAAUGCGUCUAUCGUGGUCUACAGGGCAAUGAGAACAACUUCCUGACCAAGCAGGAAUGCGAAAACUCAUGUCUCGGUACGAAUCCGUGCGCUGAGCCCUUAACAAAAGGAGAAGGAGAAGAGGCGCUGACUCGUUUCUACUAUGACGCCAUCAAUCGGAAAUGUCUCGCCUUCAAUUAUUUUGGCCGCAAAGGCAAUCAGAAUAACUUUUUAACCAAAGAAGCCUGC